AUGAAUCUCCUACCUCCUAUGCUUCGACCCAUCUCCUACUUCACUCCCAAACCCCCAUGGCGUCGCUGUUUCAACACCUGUUCAGAGGCGACUGUUACUGCCAAUGAGGUCCUUACCAUCCUUGAAACAGUCAACCAUAUGGAGAGUGCCUUGGAACCCGUAGUCCCCAAACUCUCCAGUGAGAUAGUGAGCUAUGUGAUCCGAGAACAGACAAACCCACGAUUGGUUUUCCGGUUCUUCAUCUGGGCAACCAAAAGGAUGAGGCUUUGCAGCCGAAUGUCUCAGAGUUCGGUCAUUGACAUGCUUGUCAGGGACGAUGCCUUUGAACUCUAUUGGAGAACACUUGAACAACUGAGAGACUGCGGGCUUCCAAUUGGUUCUGCUGCCUUUGCUGUGCUGAUCAAUGGUUAUGCCAAAUUGGACAUGGCUGAAAAGGCUGUGGAGACAUUUGGCCGGAUGAAAGAUUUCAAUUGUAAGCCUAAUGCCUUUGCUUACAAUGCGAUACUUUAUGUUAUGGUGCGAAAAGAACUGUUUUUGCUAGCUUUAGCUGUAUAUAACCAGAUGUUGAAGUCAAAUCAUAGUCCCAGUAGAAAUACUUAUGACAUUUUGAUUAAUGGGUUCUGCAAAACGAGGCAAACUCAGGACGCGCUUCAAAUGUUUGAUGAAAUGACCCAGAGAGGUAUUGCUCCCAAUACGAUAACUUAUACUAUUGUUGUUUCUGGCUUGUGCCAGGCAAAGAGGACCCAUGAAGCGUAUACAUUGGUUGAAAUGAUGAAGGCAAGUGGGUGUCCUCCUGAUUUGAUUACUUACAAUGCUUUACUUGAUGGGUAUUAUAAAUCAGGCAGCAUUGGUGAAGCUUAUGCGCUCUUGAGAUCAUUUGAGAGGGAUGGUUAUGUUCUCGGACUCAAUGGAUAUACUUGCUUGAUUCAUGGUUUAUUUAUAGCUGGGAGAUUUGAUGAAGCUCAUGGGUGGUAUAGCAAAAUGAUCAAGAAGGGCAUCAAACCUGACAUUGUCUUGUGUACGAUAAUAAUUCGGGGGUUAUCAGAUGCUGGCAGGGUUAAGGAUGCUUUGAAUUUCUUGAACGAGAUGAAUGAGAGAGGUUUGGUUCCCGAUGCCUACUGUUAUAAUGCUGUCAUUAAAGGGUUCUGUGAUUUGGGUCUUUUGGAUGAAGCUCGGUCUCUUCAUCUUGAUAUUUCAAAGCUAGAUUGCUUCCCUAAUGCCUGCACUUACACCAUUCUCAUAUGUGGUAUGUGCAAGAACGGGCUGGUAGGGGAGGCGCAACAAAUAUUCAAUGAGAUGGAGAAGCUUGGAUGUGUCCCUUCUGUUGUGACCUUCAAUGCUCUUAUUGAUGGACUUUGUAAGGCUUCUAAGCUUGAGGAAGCGCACUUAUUAUUUUACAAGAUGGAGAUAGGAAGAAAUCCUUCAUUAUUUCUUCGUCUUUCUCAAGGUAGUAAUCGGAUUACUGACAGUGCCAGUCUUCAAACGAAGGUAGAGCAAUUGUGUGAGUUAGGAUUGAUUCUUAAGGCCUACAAACUUCUGACGCAGCUAGCUGAUAGUGGGGUCACACCUGACAUCAUCACUUACAACAUUCUAAUCAAUGGGUUUUGCAAGGCUGGUAACAUAAAUGGUGCUUUUAAGCUCUUCAAGAAUAUGCAAUUGAAAGGGCUCUCACCAGAUUCUAUUACAUAUGGGACACUUAUAGAUGGACUGCAAAGGGUUGAUAGAGAAGAGGAUGCCUUUGUGGUCUUUGAUCAAAUGGUGAAGAAUGGAUGCAUGCCUAGCUCUGCAGUUUAUAAAUCACUGAUGACUUGGUCUUGCAGGAGAAAGAAGAUUUCUUUAGCUUUUAGUCUUUGGUUGAAGUAUCUAAGCAACCUUCCUCUGAGAGAAGAGGAAAAAAUCAAAGCAAUAGAAGAAGACUUUAAGGAAGGGAAAACUGAGAAGGCAAUCAGAGGUUUAGUGGAAAUGGAUGUAAACUUCAAAGACUUUGAUUUAGUACCAUGCACCAUUUUGCUAAUUGGUUUGUGUCAGGUGAGAAGAGUACAUGAAGCUUUGAGAAUAUUUUCUGUUCUUGACGAGUACAAAGUCAUUGUCACUCCACCAAGUUGUGUACAUUUGAUCAAUGGUCUCUGCAAAGAAGGGAACUUGGACCUGGCGAUAGGUGUCUUCCGAUAUACUCUGGAGAAGGGUUUCAUGUUGAUGCCUGAAAUAUGCAACCAGCUGCUCAAGUGUCUUCUUCGUUCCCAAGACAAAAAGGAUCACGCCCUUGAUCUCAUUAGUAGGAUGAGAUCUUUUGGAUAUGAUCUUGAUUUUUAUCUGCACCAAACUACAAAAUUUCUUCUAGAAUGCCACAUGAACUAAAGGGAAAUGGAAAACGUGUCUCUUGGAAAACGUGUCCUGAACCUGCAAUUACUACUACUUGGGGUUUUGAUUCUUGCUAGCAAGAUAUGUCUGUGUUUGGGGAGGACUGCAUGUUUCACCUGUUUAACCCAAAUUGUGACAAGCCUGUGGCCUUGGUGAGAAAGGUUGGCUCCUUGCUGACAUGCUUCUCUUUCAAGUCACUCUUGUCACAGCCAAGUUCUUAUUUGGGGUUCUUGCCCAGGUAGGAAAGGUGAAGAAGAGCAAUGGAGGAAUUACUGAGGUCGGUCUUUAAUGGAAGUUAAUGCUGCUAAGGAAGAUGCCACAUGGGAGGAGUUUCUGGACUUUCCAGUCAGAUUUCAAGCUUUUGAUUCUAUAGGAGCAGUAGGAAUUUUUGCAGGAGGAUAGAUUAGCAAACAAGAGCCAUUCCAGCAAUCCUAGCUAGUUAUCAUGGAUACCCAAGUCAGCAAGAAGUUUGGCAGGAAAUCUGUUAACAGUUAGCUUUUGUAGUUAGGAGGGUGUCCGUUUUAGCAGAAGGAAGCCUAGCAUGCAAACCAAGCUAUAAGAGCUGGUAAUUUUGCACUUUCUGGCAUGCUUUGUGUGGUCAAGACUCAAUAUUGCUUUCUCUUAGCAAUAUUCUUUAUGCCAGUCUCUGUUGUGGAGUCUUGGUAAUAGGUUAUAGCAUAUCAUCUGACAUAUUACACAAAUUUCUCUUUAUGUGAUUAAAAGGUUGAGCAGUGGGUUACUCAUUUUAUAGAGGCUGUAACGACCGCGAAAAAUCGUGCAUCUUGGAUCUUCUGUUUCUAUUGUGGGUUCCAUUUUUCUCAAAGGCUUCUGAGAUAUGGUGUAAUAAUUAGUAUAGCUGAAGCAUAUGCUUAUGAUAAUUACUUGAGCAAUAUCUAUGUACGUGAUAAAUGUAACAAGGACAAACUAUCUCAUAGUGUUCUGAGCAAACAAUGUUCAACGGAUACUUACUGCU